UUUCAGAGUUAUCACCAGUGAAGCAGCUGUCAUUUGGAAAGGAACAUUUGCAAGCUGUCCCUUUUCCGCCAACACAUCGCUUGACAUCUGAGGAGGUGUUUGAUACAGAUGGAAAACCAAGGGUUGAUAUUUUGAAGAACCACUUAAUAAAAGAAGGUCGGGUAGAUGAAGAAAUUGCACUUAGAAUCAUCAAUGAAGGUGCUGCAAUUCUACGAAGAGAAAAAACCAUGAUAGAAGUUGAAGCUCCAAUUACAGUGUGUGGUGAUAUUCAUGGCCAGUUCUUCGAUCUAAUGAAGCUGUUUGAAGUGGGAGGAUCACCUGCUAACACAAGAUACCUCUUCCUUGGUGACUAUGUAGACAGAGGUUAUUUUAGUAUAGAGUGUGUGCUGUACUUAUGGGUUCUGAAGAUUUUGUACCCAAACACAUUAUAUCUUUUGAGAGGCAAUCAUGAAUGCAGACACCUCACAGAAUAUUUUACCUUUAAGCAAGAAUGUAAAAUAAAAUAUUCAGAAAGAGUCUAUGAUGCUUGUAUGGAAGCUUUUGAUUGCCUCCCUCUUGCUGCACUUUUAAAUCAACAGUUUCUCUGUGUUCAUGGUGGACUUUCACCAGAAAUAAACACACUAGAUGACAUUAGGAGACUAGAUAGAUUUAAAGAGCCUCCUGCGUUUGGACCAAUGUGUGACUUACUGUGGUCAGAUCCCUCAGAAGAUUUUGGAAAUGAAAACUCACAGGAGCACUUCAGUCACAAUACAGUCAGAGGAUGUUCCUAUUUUUAUAGCUACCCAGCAGUUUGUGAAUUUUUGCAAAAUAAUAACUUGUUGUCAAUUAUUAGAGCACACGAAGCACAAGAUGCAGGCUAUAGAAUGUACAGAAAAAGUCAAACUACAGGGUUCCCAUCAUUAAUAACAAUUUUUUCGGCACCUAAUUACUUGGAUGUCUACAAUAAUAAAGCUGCUGUAUUAAAAUAUGAAAAUAAUGUGAUGAAUAUUCGCCAGUUCAAUUGUUCUCCACAUCCUUACUGGUUACCAAAUUUUAUGGAUGUAUUCACGUGGUCAUUGCCAUUUGUUGGAGAGAAAGUAACAGAAAUGUUGGUGAAUGUUCUGAGCAUUUGCUCUGAUGAUGAAUUAAUGACAGAAGGAGAAGAUCAAUUUGACGAACGACUCAUAUAUGGCAAUAAAAAAGUAGGUACAGCUGCAGCACGAAAAGAAAUAAUCAGAAACAAAAUCCGUGCAAUUGGCAAGAUGGCAAGAGUCUUCUCUGUUCUCAGGGAGGAGAGUGAAAGUGUGCUGACACUCAAGGGUUUGACUCCCACUGGCAUGUUACCUAGUGGAGUGUUGGCUGGAGGACGACAGACCCUGCAAAGUGAUGUAGCUGCUUUCUUAGAUCUGUCUGUCUCUCUCUAGGUAUAGAUGUAUGUCUGUAUAAGUGUUAAAAUUAAACCACUAUCCCAGACACUUGUGUCUGUCUCUUGAUGUAGAAGCAGCAUUGUAGCACCUUGUUUUUGAGGUUUGCUACAUUUGCUGCUGCACAUUGUCUGUGCAUUUUGAACAUAAAUGUACUUGAAAAAUAUUUAGUAAUUGUUAUAAAAUCAAUCAAGAAUAAACGGAUUGAAUUUAAAUCUUGUAAAUAAAUCAGAAUAAAAGGGUGUUUACUAAGUGUGCAUAUAUUUUUGCAUGAAAAUAAAAAGAACUAUAUACAAAAUAUACCUGUAAUCUGGCUCAUUGAAUAUUUUGUAGAAGUUGAUAUUUUUGAGUUUGUUUUAAGCACUGAAUCAAUCAGUUUUUCAGAGGACCCAUAACAGAUUAACUAGACAUAAGAAAAUAUUAUGAUAUCCUACAAAAUGUAUCAAAAGGAUGAAGUCCAGAUUUAUGUGAAAUGUGGUGGAUAAUUGAAAUAUUAUGUUGGAAACUGGACUUCACAUCACUGCAGUACUCUUAAGUAUAAACUCCUUGAAUGCAUUCUAGCUGUCUGCCUGGGGCAUGGGUGCAGUGCCCAAUGCUGUCAGUCCUAAGGCUGGUUUUGAGCACUGUUGAAAGAUUUGGAUAUAGUAACAGAAUCCUGUUUUUAUGCAAUCUGUUGUGAAAUCAAAGAGUAGCUGCUUUUGCAUUUUGUAAUUAACACUUACUUGAAAUUUUUUAAAUUUUCUUUAUGAUUUUUAACCAGUUUAUUGAACUUUCAGCUUAUUUGUCAGAGGUCUUUACUAGUCUUGAAACAUAAAUGUCAUAUAUUUAAUAAUUUUUGAUGGACAUAUAAUGUCUGCAGGCUAAGCUUAUAUGUCCAGUUUAUGUAUGUGAUUUGUUUUGUGAACGUCUAUAACAGCAAAUGGUGUAUGUUCCUCAGUCCAUUCAGCUCUUCAAAUAGCAUGUCUUAUGGUGUUAGUUUGUAUUUUCAUUGUUUAGUGAAACACUCUAUUGCUUUAAAAAGACGAGUCUGUGCUUUAAUUUCCCUUCCCUCAUUUACUAGUUUUUCUUCAUAUUUCAUUAUCAACAUCAGAGAGAUGAUCAAAGUGACUAGAAAAAGAUAUGAUAACAUAGCACAUACAACAUAUUAUUAUUAGAGGAGAAAAAGCUGGACAGUUGGAAAAUAUGCAAAAGACAAUUUGGGUUUU